UUUUUUUGAAAAGUGAAAGCAGUGUUAUCCUGCGUUUUAUUAGUAACUACACUCUAUUACUCACUGUUAUUGUAUGAAAUAUGAGAAAAUUAACAGAACGUGGAAGAAUCGAAAUCACGUGCAUGAUUGGUUUCGGAGAUAUGUCGCGUAUUCAAAAGGAGAUGGUUCAGUUUCAUUAACCCCUAUAAACUGUUUAUCUAUGGUUCAGUUGUUUAAUGCAACUCAUCCUGAUCGGUCGCCUAUUAGCCAAAGCAUGUGUUGACAAAGACAGAAGUGGAUACAUAAAUGCCGAUGAAUUGCAGCAAGCAUUGUCAAAUGGCACAUGGAAGCCAUUUAAUCCUGAAACAGUGCGGUUAAUGAUUGGUAUGUUUGAUCGGCAAAAUCGCGGGCAAAUUGCCUUCGAAGACUUUGGCGCCCUUUGGAAGUAUGUAACUGAUUGGCAGAAUUGCUUUAGAUCUUUUGACAGAGAUAAUUCCGGCAACAUUGAUAAAAAUGAACUUCGUACGGCCCUCACAACUUUUGGAUAUUCAUUAUCAGACAAUCUUAUAACCACAUUGAUGCAAAAAUUUGAUAGAAAUGGCGAUGGAACCAUUUUGUUUGAUGAUUUUAUUCAGGCUUCUGUAAUAUUACAUACACUCACGGCCGCAUUCAGACAAUACGACACCGACCAAGAUGGAUUCAUUACUAUCCACUAUGAUCAGUUUUUAAGCAUGGUAUUAAGUUUAAAAAUGUGAAUGACGUGCCAAAUUUUGAAUCAAGUUAUACCUCAUUGCCGCAUUGUUACCUUGCUUUGUAUGUUAUGUUUAUUUUCACAUGAAAACCUAAAAAAGUAGCUACUAAUAUUAGUUGUUUUUAUUACAUAUUUUAUUCUACAAUAUUUACAUUAUAUAAAUAACUAAAAGCAAAGUUGAUUAUAUCACAUGUAAAUUUUAUACACAAUCAAUGACUUUGGAACUACUUUACAGAAACUUAGAAAUUUCUUUAGAUACAUUCCUUUUAUAUUCUGCUUGAGUUUUCUUCGAUUGCUGGAAUAAAUAAAUUUAUCUGAUUAAGUGUGAUUUUUUAUAGAUAAAUUAUAGAUUAAAACAUACCACAGCAGAACUAUUGUUAAAUUGGAAACGUUCCGGCGAGCCAUAGGAUCAUAUAAUGGGUGAAAACAAGCUUAGUAGAUUGUAUAAAAAAAAACAAAUAAAUGUAGUCUAUAUUUCACUGUAGUAAGAAGUUAUAUUGCAGUUAUAUUAUAGUGAAUGGUUGUAUUGUAUAUUUUUAUAUUGUUCUGAAUCUUUUAUUAACAUAAAUUGAGUUAUCAUUUGACGCGUUGUAGCUGAAUAAAAACAAUCGUCGCUUCA